UAGCAUCAUUUUCUGGUGGCGUCUGGUUGGACUCUUCAAGAAUUAUUGGCUUCUCCGACGACCUUGUUUUAUUUGCGAUACUGGUCGCUGUACAUGGACUGCGAACCGCCGAAUCCCAAAACGGACGAGGUAGUGCUCAGAGGGCUCCAGAAGGCAGCAGGAACACAGAAACGACAUCUUGAGGACUUCCGCCCGAUCGAGGCUCGACGUCGUACCGCUCUGCUAGAAGACGCUAUUUACUUGCUUUUUGGAAUGUUCACGCUCCACUUACCAUUCCUCUAUGAGGAAUCUGCAGAAUAUGCUUGGGCGUCUCUUGACGGGGAUCAUUUCACGCUCAGGAGACGUUUCGGUUUUGGACUGGGUUGGAGAAGCGUCGUCGCUCCACAGUUGUCUCCCUGCAAGCAAAUGGUUCCGAGCGACCUUGCCAGGUGCGAUGGCGUAAAUCUCCAGUGCAUGAAUUGUACAGUGCCCUUGUCGAGUUACCGAGGCCGCAAUUCAUCGGACGUAGGCUUUUGUUGCCCCCUAAAGCAUAAUUUACAUGCGAGAUUUCGAUGUCUAAAGAUCAUAUACCACUCACUGCUCUGCUGUCAACUCCUCUGUCUCCGCGGCGUCCCCCCAUCCUCAUUCGCAAGUACACAGCGCGGCAAUGCAUUGGCAUUGAGCUUGGACGGGCUAAACCUACAAUCCUACAUAAUUGCAUGCCUACAAUUCAUUGCCACCAUGAUUUGAAUCGGACUUUGUUUUUGGGAGGAUCACGGUUGCCGAAAAAUGCGCGACGAAUUUCAGGGUGCAGUGACCUUGUAAACAAGCUCAAAUGCUUCGGACCUCCUCAUUCGCCCUUGGCAGCCGAGGUAGCU